ACCCAAAUCGAAAGCCUCAGAUCUAACACGUCGGUCUCGCUUCCUGUUCUUCUCUUUCCUUUUCUCUCUCUCAGUAUCGAAAUCCAAGGUUUUUCUGUAAGAAUCUUGUUCGUUGGUUAAGUCAUAAGUGUUAGUGUUUGGUUCGCUUGGUGAAUCACUUGGCAACAAUGGCGGACGGACUGGUGGUUGUCGAUUUAGAUGAUUGUCGGAAGGACCCUAAAGUGCAAAUCCAAGAUCAAUCUAGGAAGACCCAGAAGAGAAAGAGAUCAUCUUGGAUUCUUGAGGGUUUGAGCAGUGAGCCGAAAGAAUCCAUGGUCAAUGGAUUGCAGCAUGAAAUUGAGGGGCUUUUGGCGUAUUACAAAGAAAUCAUGGAUCAAAAAGUGGGUUUUGGUUUGGGGUCUGAUCUGGGCUCUGUUGACUCUGGUUCAGUGAAUGCAAUGGUUGCGGUUCUGAUGGAGGAAAGUGAGUUGCCACUGUCCAGACUGGUGGAGGAGAUUCAUGGCAGGGUCAAGGAGAAGAUGGGAAAUUUGACUUUACCGACAGUGAAGAGUGCGGUGUUGUAUGUGGGUCAGAGAAUGAUGUAUGGAGUGCCCAAUGAUGAUGCUGAUGUGUUGGAGGAUGUUACCCCUUCCUGCCUGUGGUGUUGGGAGAUAAGAGACGCAAAGUUCGUGCCAAAAUCUGUUCGUGGAGCAUUGAAAAUUCGAAGCACUUGUCGGAAGAAGAUUAAUGAGAGAAUUACUGCUGUCACUGAAAUGAUAACCGCAUUAAAGAGGUCAGAGAAUGAUCAGACCUACAAAGAUGAUCUGAUCAAAGCAGCAGAAAAACUUAGUAAAGUGUCAAACGAGGCAAAUAUUCGUCUGUUAGUGCAUAACAUGUUGCAGAAGAGUGGUACAGAAAAGGCUGACAAAGAAGCAAAGAAGGAAGAGAAAUUACUAGUCAAACAAUUGGAGAAAAACAAAAGAAAAGCUGAGAAGGAGAAGAAAAAAAGGGACCAGGAACUUCAAAAAGAAAAGUUGCAAAGUGAAAAGAAGCAAAAGCGUUUGCAGGAAGCAGCAGAAAAGGAUGAAAAGCAUCGUGAAAAGGAGGAAGCUGAGAUGAGGAAGCAGCGAGGAAAACAGCAAGAGGAAGCAGAGAGAGAACAGCGACGGCGAGAGAAGGAAGAGGCUCAAGUGAAAAAACAACUUGACAUAAAAAGGCAGGCUUCUGUCAUGGAGCGCUUUCUUAAAAGAAAUAAAACUUCACCAUCCCCGACUGAUAAUUCUCCUAGUAAACCAGUGAUAUCCAAUCCAUCCAGUCAAAAGAGUGAACAGAUGCCUGAAGCAGUUACACUAUCAAUGGAUUCUGUUCUUUUAUCCCAUGGUCAAGUCAACAUUGAUGAUCUCCGCAGAUUACAAUUGUCAUCUUGGCGUUGCAUGGGUCAUUCUCUUCAUUUAUAUGGUAAACAGUGUUGGGGCAUGCGCAAGAAACCUAGGACUGAAUUGUUUAAGGAACUAAAGUUAACUACUAAUAAAGAACACUAUUCUGGUCAUGAUUCGAGCAUUGAAAAGAUGGUAGGUGGAUGGGGAUCAUGCCUUGCUGAUGCCAAUAAUUCAGCUCCUGAUGUUAGAAAAUGCAGUGGUAGAAAGCAAUUGUUGCAGUUCAAUGAGAAUCAUAGACCUGCAUUUUAUGGUAUUUGGACCAAGAGAAGUAAAAUUGUUGGACCUCGCCACCCCUGGAGGAAGGACCCAGAAUUAGACUAUGAUGUUGACAGUGAUGAAGAAUGGGAAGAGGAGGAGCAAGGGGAAAGCCUCUCAGACUGUGAUAAAGAUGAUGAAGAGGAGAGUCUAGAUGGAUGCUUGAAAGCCGAUGAUGAUGAAAGCGAAGAUGGCUUUUUUGUCCCAGAUGGCUAUCUAUCAGAAAAUGAGGGAGUACAAGUUGACAGGAUGGAAGCUGAUGUUGCCCCUGGGACAACACAUUUAAAUAAUUAUAAGGAAGACGUGCAGAGUGAAGACUUCUGUGCAUUGCUACGGCAACAGAAGUAUCUUAACAAUUUAACUGAGCAUGCACUCAGAAAAAAUCAACCAUUGAUUAUAUUGAAUCUAAUGCAUGAAAAAGCCUCAUUGCUAAUGGCUGAAGAUAUCAGUGGUGUCCCUAAACUGGAGAAGACAUGCUUGCAAGCGCUAAGCAUUCGUGAAUUUCCAGGUUGCUCCCCUGUAGGGAUAUCAGUUGAUAACUUGCAAGAGGAGGAUCAAGAAGCUUCCCUGUCAAGUGGAAAGGAUAGCACAAGGCCAUUCUCAACAACAGCCAAAUUUCCAGACUCAGAUUUGCUGAUAAUUGUAUCUACCAUCCAGUCCUGUUCACAGAGUAUUGUUAAGCUAGUUGACUGUUUACAACAAAAAUUUCCAGCAAUUUCAAAGACUCAUUUAAAAAAUAAAGUGCGUGAAGUAUCAGAUCUUGUGGAUAAUCAUUGGCAGGUCAAGAAAGAAAUUUUAGUCAAGCUUGGCAUGUCAGUUUCACCAGAAAAGGCUGGUACAAGGACCAAAAGUAUAGCCACAUUCUUCUCAAAAAGAUGCUUGCCUCCUGCUGAAAAGGAUAUCAGCUCCAUUGGAACCUCUACCCCGCCAGCAUUGAAACCUGGUUCUGCUACUGACGAGUUGCAUAGUGACACAUUCAGCCAUACAUAACCUUAUUGUUCUUGCCUUAAGCUUUCUCACUGCUUCUUUGCACCUAACUAAAGCAUGCACCUAGAGAUAUAUUUACGAGUGUUAUAGCCUUGAUGUGCAUCAAAUUUUUGUUCAGAUAAUGAUAGUGCCAUCUGGGAACAGGUUCCACCCGCAAGCGAUUUUUACUGUAUUUCUUUUGUAGAUCUUGAAUUUCUUCCCCUUUCUCAAUUUCUUUUUCUUGCCUCUCACGUACGCCAACUCAAUUCCAAUUCAAGAUCUUUGACAAGGAGAUUGAAGCUCUUAAUUGCUCAGACAUCUUAAUUGGAUGAAUUAUUAUUAUAAUAAUCAAUUAACUACUCC